UAGACUGUAGGUAACCGACCUUGGACAUUCCAUUGCCUUGGUUCCAACCCAGGAACAAGAUCGCCUAAUAUGUCGCUCAAUUUUCCAUUCCCUAUAUUAUACUCGAGUCUUUCCUCGUUUCUUCCCUUAUUCAAAUCGCAAUGCUUCUCCAUUCCUCUUUAUAAUCUUCCUUUUCUUUUCACCCAUAAACCACUUCAACGCGAACCGUCCGGCCAUCUCGCUCACACAAUCAUUCUUACUUUUCAUUUUUUGCUCUACGUUGCCCCUCGAAUCAGUGACCGCUGCCUAACUUACGCAACGAUAUAUCCUCACGUCCAUACCAACUAACCUCAGUGAUCUGAAUUUUUUGUGUUCAUUUCACAGAUGAAAGAGCUCAGUGUCAUAGUAGACAACCAAGCAACGGAGAAGUAUCUCCGUAUAGCAUCAAUCUCCAUUGCAUUAUACGAUUAUAUCAUCACCCUCCCCGCAGAAUGGCGGUUUUACCGAAGCCAAUCCUCAUUAUCUCAUCUCCGCCUUGCCUGCAUAUUAUUCGUCCUCAUACGCUAUGGUAGUAUCAUAGUCAUGACAAUCAGUAAUUACGGUGUCUUCUCCACCGGUUUCACUCAAGAAACGUGUAAAAAUUACUAUAUGAUUGCACCUUGUUUUAAAGUUAUACAGACUAUGAUAUCACAAGUCAUCCUAGGUGUCAGGACAUUCAAUAUUGCAAGGAGGGAUAGGCAGAUAGGAAUUGCACUGGUCGUGCUAUACUUUGUCUCAGUUGCACUGGAGUGGUUCACCAAUAUGUUUAAUCGCAUACCUGUCGUCGUUCAUGGAAACUGCACACCAGGAAAUUCUGGUAGAAUACUAUCGGCAUGGUUCUUCUACACCGUUGCGAUGUCGUAUGACCUCGCAGUGUUAACCAUCUCCACCGUAUAUCUUCUGCGGUACAAUCCCCUCAACAGCAGAUUGGAGCGGCUGGUACGGGUCCUGAUCUAUGACGGCAUUGGAUAUUUUGUCGUGCUGACAGGAUCGAACAUACUCAAUAUCAUCCUUUAUCAUACAUCCGAUAUUCAGACCCAGGCGGCAGGGGCAUCAAUAGGUUUUGCUGUAAUAUGGAUUAUGAGCCAACGGAUCCUCAUCCAUCUACGAGAGCUUUCAGAAACAGAAACCCGACGUUUAGAAAACAUAGCCGCGAUGCGUUCCCCACAAAACGCUCGGGACGCAGCAUCCGCCAUCCGUUCUCCGCUCACCGCUAAAAGCCACACUGAUCCUGAAUCUGGACUCAACGAUGCGCACACCGAUGACAUGGAACUCGACAUCUGUACAUGUGUCAAGCCCACGGUGACAUUGGACCACACGGAUGAAUGUGGGGUUUCUAGUUCAUGGGGUGCCCCGAUGGUGCAAUGAAUCUGGGCGCGAUGCAGCUGCAGUGCUAUGAUAUCAUUUUAGGCAAUAUAUACAUGAUAUGUGUCCGAAGGGCGGACUGUAGAGACAUGUUUUAAUUUCAUCUGCAGGAUAAUAUAUCCGCAAAGGUCGGGACAUCAUUUAAA